UAGAAUCUCAAGCCUAGCCAGUACCUUUUUGGUGCUUUGCAACUUUCUCUUAUUGGAAACACAUGCCACAGAGAAGUAGGCAGCCACCAGUGAAGGUGCUCCAACUAUUGCGGUAGAGACACCAGAUCUUGUUUUACAAAAGGAGAAGAUGGACUUCAUCAGUAUGUUACUUUUCUUGCUGCAAGUUUCGAAUGCAGCAAGACGGCGUGUUCAAAUGACCGGUGAGGUUGGAAAAUCCAUUACCAUAAUAUGUCCUGUGGAGGACAUGUCCGAGCGAAAAUUCUGGUGCAGGGAGAUCACAAAGGCCUGUGUCACCAUGAUUUCGACCUCUCCGUACAUCGAUGAGACUUACAAAGACAGAAUAUCCAUCUCUGAGAGGCCCCAGGAAAGACUAUUUCAAGUCACAAUCAGAAGGCUGGAAGAGGAGGACGCUGGGUUGUAUGCAUGUGGGACAGGAUAUCACAAUGACAGAGACAGUGGAAAGACCCUGCAAGUGGAGCUGAAUGUUUUUAAUGGGGGUGCUCCACACAUGUUGCUGGCUGACCCCCCAAGACGUGACAGACCUGUCGUGGUCCCAGCAGAGUCUGGCAUCAAAGGUGUUGAUGAUAAAGGAGUCACAGAACCAGUGAUGACAGCCAGGGCAAAAUAUGCCUCUUACACAGCACCUGGCACCCAGUUCCCUGACACCAGAAAAAUCAUGCCUGCCAAAGAAAUUGGCAACACUCUUGUUGAUGCAACAACUGGAAGUAUGACAAAGGGGUUUUCCAGGACAACCGGCUAUGCCCAUCCCAGGCCUAGAAAGCUCCUCCCGAGAAGCAGUUAUGGGAAAGACAUCUUUCAAAUCCUGAUACCAAUUCUCCUGAUAAUAAUGCUGCUUGUGGCUUCCAUGACCAUAGUUAGAAAACAAUUACAAGGAAGGAAAGGCAUUACCAUCUACAUGUUCGGAUGUUCUGGAAAAGCAGCUCCCAGCGAAACCUACGGAAUAAACCUGAGGUUGAGUGCGCUUGAACAGGUCCAAGGAAACGCUCCAGUGGAAAAUAUCUACAGCGUGUGUCCCCGCAGGCUCCAGGGAGCUGACAAGAACAGUUCUCAUGUACCUCAGGAGUCAUAUCACUGCAGAAUCAACUUAUAAGAGAGCUGCUGUGACUGCACAUUUGUGCCUGGGUCAUCUGGCACCGCAUCCAACCCUGACAUGCUCUGGAACCACAAUGCCCUGCAGAAACGGGUCUAUUCGCUUUUUCACGUAAUGCGCUCCUGCUGUGUUUACCGAGGUACAAUGGAUUGGCUGUUGUCUUUGACAUGUGAGUUUUGCUUGUGUGUUCUGCAGAUCUUGGUUAGUGUUUCUAUACAGAUGGUUCCCAAAACACGCAGCUCAGGUGAACAAUUAUAAGCAGAGGCACCCUUUUCCCCUUCAAUAUUUAUUGACUAUGGAUGAAGAUGUAUCCUAUGCAGAGGGCCAGUGCAGGACCUAAGCACCACUUAGGCCAUGUCUCAACUUACCGGAAGAUCAACACUCAGGGAUUAGGUCUUCAGCAUUUGAUUUAAUAGGUCUAGUAAAGACCCACUAAACUGAAUACUGAGUGGGGCCCUGUGUCUGCGAAGUCAAAGGGAAGCAAAUAGAAGGAACCAGUUUCUUCGGUUCACAGCACUUAACCACUUCUUUUCAUCCGCACCCUAGCACAUAAAUCUCUCCCCAGGUUUCUUUCCAGGUUAGCCCCUGUGCUUUCAGCUUUUCCCCCUGCCUGCCUCUUUCACACUGGCUGCCACACUAUUUGUGUGUUAUUCCCACUCCCAUACAUACACCUUCUGACCAGACCCAACUGCAUAGGUGCUAGUUUCUGAGCAGGUUUUCUUUCAGGUGUGACCCCUUAACUGUGUCUUACGAUGAACUUGGGGCUUACUUGCUGUGUUCACUCCCUCUGGGGCACCUGGCAUCGGCCACUGUCGGCA